CCGGAACGGGGGUUGGAUUUCCAGUUUUACUCGUUCAUUAGCUCGAUCAGUGUGUAUUUUCGCGCGUGGCCGAGAAAGAAGCUUCAAUUUUUUCGUUCCGUGUUUCUGAUUGCAGACUGACAUCUUCCUCUCAUCCGCUCGCCUACGUCAGCUUUUAACGCCAUGAGUCCUACCACAACUUCCGCGCUAUUCAUCCUGAUUUUAGCGAUGCUUUGCCUGGUUCACGUGAUUAAUUGCGGUGUUUUGGAUAGGGAACCACGUGCCUACAAGCAGUACAACAACGACCCGCCGCCCGCAAAGCGUCCAUUCUGCAACGCGUUUACCGGAUGUGGGAAGAAACGAUCUUCCGUUGCCGUGACCCCAGUCGCCAUGAUGCAUCGGCAUGCCAUUACCUCGGAUCAGAACCGGCCCAAGAUAACGGAAGGUUUCGACCCCAAUGAAGAUUCCCUGUCAAAUCUGAUCGAUCUGAAUACGGAACCCGCGGUCGAAGAUCUGAUGCGGCAAAUCAUGUCCGAGGCCAAACUGUGGGAAGCCAUCCAGGAAGCGAACCGAGAAAUCUAUCUACAAAAGCAAGGCCAAAAAUCUGACAGCUCUUCCAUGCCAAUCGCAUUCAGCACCCAGUGAACAGGAAAUCUCUCAUUCGGUUUAAUAAAAAUCUAGGUUAAUCUAGGGUUAAGUUUGCAAAUUACAGAAAAAAAAACACAAAAUGUUAAUAAAUUUAAGUUAAUUAGAAGAGAAGCUACAAACUUCGAUCGUAAGGGAAACGGUUGCUGUCCAAAUUCACUUUUGCUCCAAUGAAUUUGUCUCAACGUGAUUCUAUAAUUAAUAUUGAUGAAGAAUCAAACUGUCCAUAUUGCACUGCUGACAUCAUGGUGUUACACUUACCAAAAA